AUGUCGUACGGUUGGCUGAGCGAGAGCACCCUCGCUCCGCGCAAGGCACGCUCGCUGCAGGUACCCAAGGGCUCGGUCUCCGUGCUGAAGCGCAUCAUCAGCAAGCACACCUCCAACAGCUCGGCGGCGGCUCCCGCCGCUAAACCGCGCCGUAAAAAGGUGUGUCAACCGCGGUGUCUAAACAUUGCGGCGCAGGACCCUUUCGCCGAGAAGAAUCCCGGCGUGGAGCUCCGCAACCAAGUCGACCGCGUCGGGCAGUCGACCUCCUCCGCGCGCGUUCGCGAGCGCCUGGAGGCCAAGGCGCGCAUAUACGAGUCAUUGGCCGAGGGACGUGAGUCGGAGGUGCCUGAAGGCCUCGAAGUUUUGGUCAACUUUCAGACCAAGCGGCAGCUGGACAGCGCGUCGUGCACGGUACUGAACGAGGAAGGCGUUGUUGUCCUGCAGAAGGCACCAGAGGUGCCAGUCGUGCCGGAUUCCGACCGCGUGGUCAACGAGGAAUCACUAGACACAGUCAGGGCGUUCUCCGACGAGGAGUAG